AUGAGCAUCAAUGUCAAUUCUAGAAUUAGAGCAUGCGGGGCCCGUAAAUUCUUGCGAAAGAGGUGCCUAGAUGAGUGCAUAUUUGCACCUUAUUUCUAUUCUGAUGAAGGAACCGCAAAUUUCAAGUCCGUUCAUAAGAUUUUCGGAGCCAACAACAUUUCCAAGCUUCUAAUCAAUAUCUCGAUCGAAAAAAGAGCCAAUGUCGUUUUCACUUUAUGUUUGGAGGCUGAGGCUCGUCUCCGAGAUCCUGUCUAUGGUUGCAUGUCUGAGAUCUACGCUCUCCAAAAUCAGGCCAAUUCAUGGGCAGCAAAUCUGCAGCAAUUCUAUGAUCAGAACACUUUCGCCGGAGCUCCGGUGGGUGGCGAAAUUGGGGAGGAGUUUGCUAGGGAGUUACUGCUGAGGUAUCAAAGAUCUGCCCCAAGCAUGCCACCAUGGCCCUAA